GACGGUCCACGACAUCUUCCAACUUCUCGCACUGAAUUCCAAGAUUCCCAUCCGCAAAUGAGCGCAUAGGGAACACUACAAGCGAGCGUGCGUGCUUGCGUGACAGCAGCUCGAGCUGCGCACACGGUGCUGGGGGAGCUUUCAUCGAUUAUGCCAAAACACGUGAUCAGUGGACUCCACAUGGCCGAUCAACUCGAGGUGGUCCCCUGAAACUCGAGUGCCUCACCAUCGAUUUCUUGGUCCUGCAAGGCUGUGGACCUGGAGAUCUUGUGCUGCAUUCGAGAUGGAAACGAAGUCGAUUUCCCUACAGACUGCAUAACCACGGGAGCCGUGGGAUGAUUUCGUAAUAGGUAUGCGGCAAGAAGGAACUCGGGCUUUCGCUUUGGAGAUCAUAGUCAAAAUCUUUGGAGUGACCGGACGCUGGCAGGAUUCCUCAUGGAGCCGGAAUCAAGCACAAGUCGAGAGACUUGCCGAUCGGAAUCGAGCACAAGUCGAAUGAUGCUAGAACCGAACCCGUGGCAGAACCUCGACCACGAGAUCGUAGAGAAAGUUCUAGCGAAGUUGCCUCUCUCCAGCCUUCUGCAAUACCGUCGCGUGUGCAAGAGGUGGAAAGAGUCUAUCUCGUCUCCCAAGGUUGCUCGACAUUAUCAUGAUCUGAAAACGACAAUUUUCUAUUGCAAUCCUGGCUAUGUCUUCACCUUUCGUGGUCGAAGGAUAUGGGGGCCUUGCCUUAUCAUCCGCAACAAUCGCUCAGGAGAUUGGAUUAGAGAAUCUCUGCCUUUCGCGAGACGCCACGAAACGUAUCACCUCGUUGCUGCUGGAGGAGGAUUGCUAGGUUUUUGCAAGGGCAACAAAGCAGAAUACAUCGUUGUAUACAAUCCACUUUCAAAACACUGGAGAGCUCUCGCGCUACCGUCGCCUCUACUACCACGACUUCCUCUGGGGGCCUACUGGUGCAGUCCUUUGCGUCACAUUUUGUUCGGGUUUAUGGUCAACAGCGACACAGGUGAUUACAAUUUACUGGUCACAGGGUUUCAUGAUGAAGGUCCUAAAAUCACUUACAUUUAUGACUCGAGCACGAAGAUCUGGCUACAAUCCAAUGCUCGGUUCCCUUCUCUGCCUAAACGCCUGAAUGGAAUCUGGGUCAACACAGAUCCAGCUGUUUCCAUCUCCGAUAAGCUCUACUGGUAUGUCUGGGAGCGUUCCUUGGACAACAAUGACAUCAUCAAGGGGGUUGCUGUAUUUCGGUUCAAAGACGAAGUCUGGAAAAUAUCAAUACAGUCUUAUUCAGAUUCUCUCCCCUGUGGCUUUCAUCUGGCUGCCUUCGACGGACGUGUAAUACUUAUGGACUGGUUCGAUGACACUUUUCAUGAUCUCAGUUAUCCAUCGAACGGACUCGGGUGCAGCCUGGGUGAGGAGAUUGAUGUUCUACCGUAUAGCCUGUUUUCGGAACUCGAACAUUUAGAUGUUGAAGAUGUCCUUGAAAAGAGAUUGCGUUGCUCAGCAGCCAGUUUAAGUAAUAUUCUUCGUGGAAAUGGAUGAAUACUCCCACUCAGCAAUCCUCACUCUGAUCUCUCGCACUUUGUGCUCGAGCCAGCCUGGAGGUAGAGCUGCAUUGCCAAGUUGACUUUCUAGUCUUUCAAGUUGAUUUUGUUGCACCAAAAUCUGUACGUGUGUGUCUAUAUAUAUAUAUAUAUAUAUAUAGAUAGAUAUGACGAGAAAUCAAUUAGAGCCACAUACAAUAGUUCGAGCCAUAGUGUGUACAACAUCUGAUCUUUCCAAACAUAUCCAACAUAUUGUCGACUCCUCUUGAAUACCACAGAUGUAUCUAAAUGUGACCACAAAGGGG